CGUUCAAAAAACAUUGGUUCACCUUUACAUGUGUUUUUGGUAAAUUGUAAAUGAAUCAUUUAUCAUAUGCGGAAGCACAAAAUAGUGUAUAAUAGUUUAACAUUGAAUUAAGUUCGGUUAAAAUUUCUGCUCCCUCAUAAAUUAAAGGACAAUUAAAAAUGUUGAAACUUUCUAAACCUGUUGUUUUUGUGACUGGUAAUGCGAAAAAAUUGGAGGAAUUUUUGUCAAUAAUGGGAUCAAAUUGUUCGAAAAAAAUUAUCAGUAAAAAAGUUGAUCUUCCCGAAUAUCAAGGAGAGAUUGAUGAAAUUUCAGUGGAAAAAUGUAAAGCCGCUGCCAAUAUUGUAAAUGGUCCUGUUGUCAUUGAAGAUACAUGUCUUUGUUUCAAUGCUAUGAAUGGACUACCAGGACCUUAUAUUAAAUGGUUUUUAGACAAAUUGGGAGCAGAUGGUUUAUAUACAAUGUUAAAUGGAUGGGAGGAUAAAACAGCUCAGGCAGUAUGCACAUUUGCAUAUACAGAUGGUCCCAAUGAGCCAGUUAUCCUUUUUCAAGGUCGUACUUUUGGUACAAUUGUGAAUCCCAAAGGACCAAGAGAUUUUGGCUGGGAUCCAUGCUUCCAACCUGAAGGUUAUAAUCAAACUUAUGCUGAGAUGCCUAAAGAUCUUAAAAAUCAAAUUUCUCAUCGACACAGGGCACUCGAACAAUUGAAAGUCUAUUUUUCAAGUCAAAAUAACGAAUCUUAAUAAUAUUUAUGAUUAAUAUUUAUAUAUGUUUCGUUAAAAAAUUCAUUCCUUAAAUAUCAAUAUGUUAUAAGAGUGUACUUAUGUUAUUUUUUUUAUUUAAGUAACUAUCUGUUUUAAAAGUUGAUAUUUUUUACAAAAAAAGAAUUCACAAACAUGACACAUUUUUUAUAAAUUGACUAUUUUUAUUUUUUACAUAUAACUUUUCUCAAAUUGUGCCACGUUAAAAAAUAAACUUGAAAUUAUAAAAGAAAAAAGAAAAAUAUGUAAUUUUACAUUAAUUAUUAAGCGACUUAUAAUAAAAUGAUUAUUUGAUUUUAAUAUGUGAAGAUUGUAAAACAGUUAUGAAAUAAUGUAUUAUUAAUAUGUUUGUAGAUAAUAUAAAAUGUAUUAUAUUUUUCUUUUGAUGUUAAUGAACAGUAUUGUCUGAAUUAUUUGUAAACUACGGAAAAAAAAUAAAGAAAAUACAUUAUAAUAUCUAAAAA